AUGAAAAUGCCAUGGAUGAAACUCAUAUGUCUUGCGUUUCUAUUUCUGUCUUUAAGAAAUCAGAUAUGUUACGGUGCUCCGGACGACUAUGACGACUAUGAUGAAGAAGAGGAGCCAAAGGAAAAAAAUCCGCCGGGGCAAGACAAAUGUAACGGUAUAUUCUUGACGUAUACAUUCACGGAACGGAAUAAAGAGUUACCCCACGUAAAAAACGUUACAGCUCAAGCAUGGUCGUUUAAAUCCAAGGCUACCCUAGUGAAUACUGGGUUAGAAGAGUUAAAAGGAUGGAAGAUGUUCAUUAGGUUUCAACACAGAGAGGUAUUGGUGUCGGCGACGAACGCCAUCCUCGUCGACGGUGCUGGUGAUUUUCCGGCGAAGGUCGAAAAGGGUGCAACCUUAUCAGGGUACCCCAACACGGAUCUCAAGACCUCCGUUGAUACUGCUGGGGAUUUAACAAAGAUGUCGACUGAGAUUGAAUUCACCGGUACCAUGUUUGGAUUGAACGAAAAAGCAAUUCCCCUCCCCAAGUCCAUCAGGCUCGCUAACGACGGCUGGAAAUGUCCUACGCUUACUACAUACCGUACAUUUUUGACCACAUGUUGCCACAAGGACCCAAAGUACAAGAGCCUGAACCAGUCUGCGAAGGGAAAGUACACGCCUAGGCAAUAUGGAGACGUGAACUUGAUGUAUGAUGUUCUUAAAUCUUAUGAAGGGAGCUAUGAGGCUCAAGUAACCAUAGAUAAUGAUGGUACCUUAAGUCGGCUUGAUAACUGGAACUUGACUUGGGAAUGGAUGAGAGGCGAGUUCAUUCAUUCCAUGAGAGGAGCUUACACUCGGAGAAUCGAGUACUCCGAUUGUAUUUUCGGCUUACCCGGCCAAUACCUCAAGGGCUUCGAUUUCAGUCAAGUGAUGAACUGUGAGAAAAGGCCUGUAAUUUCGGAUUUGCCACUUGAAAAAGCUAAUGAUACCGAGAUUGGCCAUAUUCCUAAUUGUUGUAAAAACGGCUCUCUAGUGUCACCCGUGAUGGAUGAAAACAAUGCAAGGGCUGUAUUUCAAUUAAGGGUGUACAAACUACCCCCUGAUACACCCAAAACCGUCUUGUAUCCACCCCAAAGAUGGAACAUCACUAGCUUAGUCAGUGCUCAUUACCAUUGCAGUGCUCCCGUCCGAGUCGACCCCUCCGCAUUCCCCGAAGCCACCGGAACCGGCGCCAAAACCUACGCGGUAGCAAGUUGGCAAGUCGUGUGCAAUAUGACCAAACCGGAGAAGAAGAGAGCCAAGUGCUGCGUUUCCUUCACGGCUUAUUACAGCAACGGGGCGGUUCCGUGCAGUACGUGCGCUUGCGGAUGUGACGACAGCCAAACCGAUAAAUGCAAUCCGAGUUCUCGGGCGAUGUUGCUUCCACCAGAUGCGCUUUUACUCCCUGCUGUAAACAGGACGGCAAAGAUCAAAGCGUAUGCAAAACUGAAGAAAAAACCGGUGCCCAGAGCCAUGCCUUGCCCUGAUAAUUGUGUGGUUAGCAUAAACUGGCAUGUGAGUUCCGAUCAUAAGGCUGGAUGGACUGCUCGUAUGACACUGUUUAACUGGGGAGAAACACAGUUUAAAGACUGGUAUGCUGCUGUUGAAUUAAAAAAGGCAGCCUCUGGGUACGACGAUGUGUAUUCAUUCAAUGGGACCAAACUGGUUUCCCCUAAGAACACCAUCUUCUUCCAAGGCUUGAAAGGGUUGGAAUAUUUAAUUGAAAUAAAAAAUGGGUCUAGUGAUAGUAAGCCUAAAGUGCCUGGGAAACAACAAUCCGUCAUUUCAUUCACCAAGAAGAAACCUGAAGCAAUUAACAUAAGAAAAGGUGAUGGCUUCCCUUCUAAAGUCUUCUUCAAUGGAGCUGAAUGUGCGUUGCCUGAUAGUUUACCAAGUGCUGCAACUCUUCUUUCAUCCAUGCCUCUCCUCUUCUUCUCUGCCAUUGCUUUCUUGCUCAUCACAUAUCCUUUCCAUUCAUGAUCAUUGGCAAGUCUUCUUUUAUGAUUUUAACUCAAUAACACUUUGAACUAAACCCAUCCAUCACAUUACUUCUUUUCGAUACUUCAGGGAAAUCAAAUGAUGCAUUGUUGAUGGAUAUACAGAGGAGGGCGGAAUUGAAAAGUCGGGUUAUUCGUUCAAUCACAAAAUCAUCUGUUCAAUGUUUUGAAAGAUUUAAACAAAAA